AUGGCCAACAACGAGGUGAGGGCGCACACCGAACAACGAAUUGUCAUGAAGUUUCUCGCGAAUGAAGGUGUAAAGUCGUCUGAAAUUUACAGAAGACUUCAGGCUCAGUAUGGCCACGAUAUACUUAGGCGCAGCAAAGCGUUUGAGUGGUGCAAACGGUUUCGUGACGGCUGUACAUCAGUGCAGGACGAUCCCGGCCGGGGCGGCUCAGAGCCCAGUGUCAGAGUUCAUGAGAACAUCCAACUUGUGGAGCGCCUGAUCCUCAAGGACCGACGGAUAACAUGUCUCAAACUGGCUCGAAAGACGGGCCUUUCUGUGGGCAGGCUGAGCACUAUCAUUCAGGAACACCUCCAGCUUCGGAAAUGGAAGCAUCCGGGCUCGCCAGCUACCAAGAAGUUCCGAAGUACCCCGUCUGCGGGUGAGGUCAUGACCACGGUUUUCUGGGACAAGGCUGGCGUUGUUCAUGUUGAUUUUCAGCCCACUGGUACCACCAUCAAUAGUGCAUAUUACUGCCAGGUUCUCAGGGAUGUGCAUAAGAAGCCGAAGCCAAAGCGGCCGGGCCUCAUCACCAAAGGCGUACUCCUCCUAUAG